GUGCUCGACCAGGGUCGGGGCGGCAACGAGUGGAGCGAGGGCCUCGCGAUGUGCGCAAGGAGCGGUGGCGUGCCCGUCGAGACACUUGGUGAUGGAAUGCUACGGGUUGCUGUCGCGUGGACGGCGUACGUGACUUGCGCGCCGAAGACCUCUGUGGCGACCCUCGCGGCAGACGAAGCAACCGUGGGGCCCUGGGAAAACAAGUGCUUGCAAGCUGCCGUAGCGCGUAUGCAGCGCGGUCGUUGGCGUCGAGAAGCAUUGCGAUUCUUUUCGAGAGAGUGCCCCAACAAUGCAUUGUCGGGUGCGGGCGGGGUGGGCCCCGUACCAAAACAGAACGUGGACGCGGUCCAGCGGUGGCUGUGUCAGCAGAAGGCUUUCGCGUGGGUCUACGAGGCAGAAAAAGUCGCGGAUCUUUUGGAGGAGGGAGCCCGUUGGAGGUGGCGACUUGGUGAUGCGGAUGGCCGCUGCGUCGGGUCUGCCGUUUGGCUGGCCGAAGGACAUGUAGUUCGCGUCGCUCAUGGGCGCGGCGUACUGAGCGGGAUGGAAGGUGAUCCUGUGCGGGCCCCGUGGCGACGUUCCGCGGCUGGCGCCAGUCGCGGCGGCAAGAAUGGGGCGCCGGCGGCAAGCAAUAGCGCGAGCGCGAGUACCGGGCUGCAGCAUGACGGUUGCCCUGUCGUCAUGGGUGACGGUUGCUUUUCCGAGAGUGUUCGGGCACUCGUAAACCGUCGGUAUCGAAAGAUGCUCACCAGCGGCCAGGGCGGCGCUUGUGGAAUUAAUGCGUUGUUCGGCACGGCCAGCCCAGAUGGCCUCUGGCACGCCGAUGCGAGGGGUUGCUUGCGACGGACGCUCGGCGAGACUGCAGAAGAAGUGCGCCGAAAGUGCCGCAAUGCUCGAGCGCUUGAAGAGCUGAUGAACUCGGCGUGGAAGCAUGUGAUCAAGCCGCAGGCGGAACAGCAUGCUGGUCUGAACGAUCGGAAUCUGGGCAUGCUGGCGGAAGAAAAGAGAUUGUGGGCGAAAAUAAAGGGGAAGCGCCGUGUCAUGAAUGCCUGCGUGUGCGCCGUGAAGCAAGAGAGUGAAGCGUUGUCGGUCUUCGAGCAGAAGCGCCGCGAAGUUGCAAGUGCGCUGAGAAAUUUAUGCCGGAACGACAUGAAAGAUGUUUUUUUGCGCCCGCUGCUGACUCACAUGGGCAUUCUUGACGACUACGAAUGCAUAGGCGAGGACGGGCAAUGGAAGAUCGACGUCGCUGGCACAGACACAGAGCUCGGGCAGCAUUACCGCCGCGGCAUCGUGGAGUACUGCGGGAUGAACAACGUGGACGCUUUUCUUGCGCACGUAAAUAACACGGUGGCCGAUCUGCAGGACCCGAACGUAGACAGAGCAUUCGGCGCUGGAGUUGGUGACUUUGUAGAGUUAGUGAAGGAGGCCCGCGUGCACGCGCCCGUCGUCGACGCCGGGGAGUCUGUCUUGGUGCAAGAGCCAUUCGAGGACUUCUUCACUCUUGUGUACCCCUGUUAUUUGGAGGCCUUAUGCUCGGAUGGGUAUUAUUUGAGUGAUUUAGAGCUGAUGUUGUUGUGCAAGUGUGCAGGAUUUGAAGGAGUCGCGGCGAGUGGGCGGCAGAGGGGCAGUGCGAGCGGCGGGGGUGUGGCGAUGCACAGUGGCAGCUCGGAGGCCGCGAGUGGCCCAGGUGUGGUGGGCCAGCCUGAUAGGGUGGUCAUGCAGGCCGUCGGCGCCCGGAGGGGGGGCGCUCCGGCUGUCCACAUCAUCCCCCGUGACCUACUCGCGCCAGUCCGGGUCAUCCGGGAGGCUGAUUUCCGCGCUCUGCGUCUUUUCCGGGAGCCGACUUCGGCGCCGGAAGCGUGGGACGUGCCCGGCAUGGAGUUCGUGCCCGGGGAGCUGUGCGCGCAUCUCUGGAAAGCGUGGGGCGGAGCGGAGGCCCUCGGGCGAGUCAUGCAGGAGACUUGGGUGCAGGGAUGGUCAGGCUGGGGACGCGCAUGGGACGCGCUGGCCGGGGCCCCCGACGCAGAGGACAAAUGCCUCAUUGUUGAAGAUCACGCGGUGAGAUUUAUGGAGUUCCUCACGGGGGCGUUGGUGUUGGAGGCUGAGACGGACGAAGAACGCGCUGCGAACAUGGCACGCGGGGGCCUGGUGGUCGGUGAAGCCCUAGGGCACGGGUCUGGCGCGAGCCUACCCGACAGUUUGUUCCAGCUCUUAGUUGAGGUGGGGUGGUGCGGGCAGGCGGUGGCGUCCCACGAGGGCCGUCGCGGCGCGUGUGCUGCGUGCGUGUCUCACCUGCAGAACGUCGGAGAUGCCUGGCUGCACCCUAGUACUCACGAUGGGGAGCUCCGACACGCAGUCCACGCAGGCGAGAUCGUGAGGUUCGCACUGACGAAUCAUGGCAUACAAGAGGCAGUUCUGCCAGAGACGAUCAUCAUUCGCGUUUACUCUCGCUUUGACGGUCAGGUGGGGUCGCGGGGGGGCGUGGACAUGAAGUUCUCCCGAGCGGAGCUGCAGGGGGAGAGGCCCGUGCUAGGCCACUGGCCGAGCGGAGAAGAUGUGUCAAAGGCGAACGGAGACGUCGUACUCGCAGUGUACAACGCGACAGGGGUGAACAUCCGCAGCACCUGGUACAGACCAGUGCGGGCGCGCGCCGAGGAGGACGCGCGGAAAAAUGCACGGCGACAGGAGGGGCACGCGGCCGAAGAAGGAAGCGGGAGAGACGUGGUGGACGACAAGGCCGCCAGAACGGGGACGGCGGCGAAACGGGCCCGUGUCACAGGGAAGAGCACUCCGGUUGGCCCGGAUUCUGCGGUCGCCGACGUGUCGCCGUCGGGUCCGACAAGCGUCGGCCGCGUAGAGGCGUCCGACGAGACACUCCCUCCACCGCCGCCUCCACACCCGGUGCAGCGCCGGGAAGGUGCGCGCAAGGCGGAUAGAGGAGUCUCGCCCGAUGUGGCGGGGCACCCGAAGGCGGUGCCCGAGUUGACGUCUGCGCGGGCCCCGAGUACGUCGGUGGGCGGCACGGGUGGGCAGGCGGGUCAGAGCGGCGCGGAGAUGAGCGAAAGCCGAGCCGUGAACGCCGACACAGCCGAGAGGUCGGGCGCGGCGCACGUGUACCGCGUCCGCGCAGUCGACAACGGCCACGUGUCCGCGGACGUAAGCCGGGGAGGAAGGGAGGAAGGGCUCAAGAAAGCGGCAGGUCUCAUGAAAGAGCACCCCACCGUGCCAGCGGCCUCUGUGCACGGAGCAACGCUGGAAGGCGAGUCCAUCUUCUCCUGCGGUGCCGUGGAGCUGCCGCAUGAUCAUUGCGCUUUUGGAAAUUGCGGGUGGCGGGGUUCCAGCGAAGCGGAGCUCCGCGCGCAUGUCAUAGCCGAACAUCGCGAGACGUUGCGGGAUGUCGCGGAAACGCUUGCAUGCCACGAGAAAGACGAGGCCAGGCGGAGUGAAACACAGUGCUGGUCAGCGUACAACGAAGCGAUCGCUUGGAAAGUGCGCGAGGGGGCGCCUCUCGCAGCACUGGCGAUCGAUCGUCGAUGCCUACGCGAGUACGCGCGCAGUUUGCGGGAAGACGCCGUCCACUCUCUCGUGUGCAUGGUGUGCGCGCGAAAGUUUCCCCGCGUGGAGGGCCGCAGAGGGAACCCGAUUGAAUGGCGCGCGGUCGCGCCAAGCGGAAGCGGAUUUUUCGGGCUUCCGGACGCGUUCGUGCGGGAGAACAUGACGGUGGACGCGUACGUGGAGCGGUAUGGCGAAGUAGAUGGCGCCGGGAAGGAGAGCAGUGGCGUGCAUCUGCGGGACCGGAUGGAGGAGUUCGAGGAUUGGCGCGUGCGCGUGCCAUCAGAAGACGGGCCAAUGGAGGUUCUCUGUUGUCCGGAGGACAUGCGGUGCGACAGCGCCACAUCGCACUCUGGGAACACCGCGUGCAGCUGUUGCGAGGCCCCGUUGUGCGGCGAGUGCGGGAACGCAAUGGUUGGCGCCCGCGGCGAACCGGAAGGCGUGCCCGAGGAGAUCAUGCGCCUGGUGCCCCUGGACGAUGCGCUCGACAAGAUCCAGAUGCAGAAGGCAGCGACGCCCGUUCCGAGGCCCGACGGAGUCAAGGAAGCGGCAGAUAUAAUGGAGAGCACGAAGACGAACGCGGUGGUCUGCGAGAAGAGCAGCUUCGAUGAGAUGGACAUUAAUGCGCAAAGGAUCGAGGCCGUGCGAACCUUCGUACAAAGGCUGGAUGAGGAGUGCGUGCAUGGCGGAGCAGAUGAGACGUCGAGUUCGGGCGGGGAGGAGAGCGGCCACGGGCAACCGGAACGGGCACGUAAGCGCGUCUGCGUCCGCGAAGAGGCGGGCCCUGGGGCGGUGGAGUCGUCGCGGGAGGCGGUGGAGCGCGGCAUGCUGGAGCAGGCGAUGACAGAGAAGAAGCGCGUGGACCGCCUCCGCGUGCGCACGGGGAACGUGAUGAUGGAUCAGUUCGAGCCCUGGUACUUCGGCGUCGCGUUCGCAUUUUUGUUCAAGUACUGCACGGGCAUGCCAGUGGAGCAGCUGACGCCCGAGGAGAUCGCCGAAGGAGCGAAGCAGAUUUAUCUCGCGCUAGACGGGAAGUACGUGGACAUCAACGGCAGGAAACAGAAGGUCAAGGGCGACAUGACGAAAGUGCGGCACGCGCCAAGUCUGGGGAAAGCCGCCCACAAGCUUCUCACCCACAUCGAGCACACGUCGCGGCGCCUCUCAGGUACACAGGAAUCCCGGCGCGUGAUGAGGUUCGAGACGAACGCUCUGCGAGUCCGGUAUGGCGUUCCAAUCUUUGUAACGUUCUCGCCCGACGAAGGGCACAAUCUGCUCAUGGUCCGCCUGUCGCGCACGCGGCGGCAGGACCCUGUGCACAAGGCAGCUGAUCAUGAAGCGCAGUCGCGGCGGGCGGGAGAUCGGGAGUGGCCGCGCGUAGCCCCCGACGUAGACGAGACGCGCCUGGAUCUUCCAAUGGAUGCAGCACAG